AUGUCCAGCUCUCUCAUGGACGAAGUGUUCCCCACGGAUCCUACGGCCGAUCAGCCCACUCAAUCGAGCGUGCUCGCGACCGUUGUACCCGAGCCCAUCUGCGUCACCAAAGAACAGUCCAGCGGUGCUACGGGCAAGAACGGUCUGAGCGCGCUCCAGCACUCCAUCGCGAGUCUCAGCGUGUUUCAGCAUUUGCCCCGCCACGCAAACCAGGGCGUUGACGAUCUCACGCGCAUGCGCAUGGCUCUCAUAUCUGGGGUGCCCGAAGAAGUGCAAUGGGCCCUGAAAAAGUACCUGGCGUACAGCAACAAGGCCGCCUACCUGAUCCGGUUCCGCGAGAACCCGGAUCUGCCCCCUCUGCUCACUCAGUUUCUCACUACGCUGGCCCCUGAGCUUUCUCGCCUCGAUCUGCCGGUCGACGACCGUAAAGAUCUCGCAAUCCUACAGCGGGGCCUGAACGCGGUGCUCAUACUCCGCAAUAUGGCUCAGGAUCCAGAAUCCUCUCAGAUACUUGCUGCAGACGCAGCUACCAAAUCUUUCACCCUGACCGUACUUGAAACCUUCACUAGCAUCAACAACAGCACUUUCUCACUCUACCAGAACAACGCCGCGUUUUUUAACGAACUCAUUCACUACGUCGUCGACAUUAUGGAAGCCAUCUCGUCGUAUUUGGCGCCUGCAAAAAAGGACGAUCCCUAUUUUAAAAACCUGGUCUCUAUUUUGGGCGACACCAACGAUCGUUACAUGGUGAUAUCCAUCUUGCGGUCUCUUUCGCGUCUGCUCGUGAGAUCGAAGGCUGACGAUGAAAGCGCCGCUGACAAUUUGCACGACGAAGUACUCAACCAAAUUUGCUCCUAUUUGCUGGUUGAUUGCGACAGCGAACUGAUCGUGGCGUCGCUUGAUUUUUUAUAUCAAUAUGUGCUUCCAGGUAACGAGCGGAUUACAAUACUGCUCCAGAAUCAGGACCGAUACUCUCUUUUGACUGCCGUCCUGCCAAAGCUCCUGACGUACGACGUCAAAAUGCCGGAUUAUGCGGCUUUCAGUAACACCAAGAUACGGUUAACGAGAAGAGUCAAGCCGCCCGCACCGACGGAACCACCCGGCCUGGACCCACAACUUUUCGGCCAGCUUUUGGCCCUGAAUGAACCUAUGCGUUCGACGGCUUGGUUGAGAUGCUGCUUCGAGCCUCAGCCAGAAUCGGAGGUCACUCAGAUUGGCUUAUGGCGCGGUUAUGAGUCCCAAUUCUCGCAAGCGGUUAAAGACUCAGGCAGAAAGCUUUUGCCCGCUGUCGAAUUCAUCAAAAAUGUCUCGAAUGCGUUCAAAAACGCAGCAGCAAUGGUAAUCACAGAUCAGGGAACCGGUAAAAAACGCUUCGUCAUAAAAGGUGUCCAGCCGAGAUUCAGAACUGUUUCCAUAGCAGAGGGAGAAAUUGCUGCUACGAGAACCCAGGAGCCUGCUCCUCAACCUUCUGAACCAUUUCAACCUCAAUUAAAGGAAGCAACGCAAAUAUCCUUACCAGAAAUCAAGUUCCCAACAAGACUCUCAGACGUCUCCAAGGCAAGUGCUACUUUUUUGUGCUUGGUCUCCAACGAUGUCAAGGGUGUAGGCUUAACGUUUUGCAAGCAACUAAGGCCGAUCAUUAUACACAAGCUGGCAGAUGUCCCACCUUUGAACCCGGCUUUAUCAGAAUAUAUGGACAAUGUUCCCUUUGUAUGA